AUGUCUCUCCAACACCUCGAUGCUGAGCAUCUCGAGCCUCUAGAACAGGCCCUGAACAAUCUCCUCUCAGCAAAAAUGGCCGAGCAGACUUAUGCUCAGAUCGUCGAUGGAAUGCCAAUUGCUGGCGUCCAUGCAGAAGAUCACUGGUUUCGUGAAGGAUUACCGGUAAUGCAGCAUGAGGAAUUAUGCCCUGGCGUCCUGGAGAAGACGCGCAGCUUCCGCUCACAGUUCGACAUUCUGUCCCUAGAGGUCCCACCUAAGGUAGUCCAGGCCUACCAGGAUACCCAAUUAGGCUCCGUUGCCUGGAAGCUCCGACUGUUGGAACUGAUUGUGAUCGCGUGCCAUGACAUCGCCGCCUAUCUAUACCAGCUUGACGAGGGAGUACAUAAGCACGCUGAGUGGUAG